GAUUAUUAAAAAGGGAACUCCACCAAGGCGGGACAAAAGGGAAUCAAGAACAAGCCACGGCGGACAAGUUGGCCAGGCCAUGGCUUGCUGGAAGGAAAUACGAAGCAGCAGCUGGAUUUAUCCUACCCUGGUCCUUUGCAUUUAUGGAUUUUUCUCCAUGAUGAGGCCAUCAGAACCUUUCCUCACCCCUUAUCUAACAGGUCCAGAUAAAAACCUGACUAUCGAUGAGGUUACAAACCAGGUUUUCCCAGUUUGGACAUACUCCUAUCUGGUGCUGCUGUUUCCUGUUUUCUUGAUUACGGACUAUCUGCGCUAUAAGCCCAUCAUUAUUCUACAAGGCCUUAGCUUCAUUAUUACGUGGCUGAUGCUUUUAUUUUGCCAAGGAGUGCUAGCCAUGCAGUGGAUGGAGUUUUUUUAUGGGAUGGUAACAGCCACUGAAGUUGCCUAUUACGCCUACAUUUACAGUGUUGUCAGUGCUGACCAUUAUCAGAAAGUGACUAGUUAUUGCAGAAGCAUCACACUUGUUUCAACCACAGUUGCAGCGGUGUUGGGGCAACUUUUAGUAUCUUUGGCAGAGCUAUCCUAUUUUUAUCUAAAUGCCAUUAGUUUGGCUUCUCUGUCCUUGGCCUUCCUAGCCUCAUUUUUUCUACCAAUGCCAAAAAAAAGUAUGUUCUUUCACAAAAAUCAUAUCCCUGAAACUCCCCAAGGAACAAUGGGACAAGACACAAUGUCAAAUGCACUCGGCAUUAAUGAGCAGCCAAGUUGCCAAGAGGACAAAGACACUGCGAAAUCAUCUGUCAUUUCCAGGACAUUGCCUGAAUGCCAGUCUGACAAGCACCAGUGUCAUAUGCUUGUGCAGUUAUGCAAGGAUUUAAAGGAAUGCUAUUGCACUAAGAAGCUUCUUUACUGGUCCCUAUGGUGGGCUUUAGCCACUGCAGGCUAUAACCAGAUUGUGAAUUACAUCCAGGUGUUAUGGGACGACAGAGCACCCUCUCAGAAUUAUGACAUUUAUAAUGGGGCUGUUGAGGCAGCAGCAACAUUUCUGAGUUCAGUAACCUCCAUGGCAGUAGGAUAUGUGAAAAUUAACUGGGAUCUUUCAGGAGAGCUAGCACUGGGAAUCUUCUCUGCACUGGAUGCUGGUUCUCUAUUUCUCAUGCAUUUUACUACCAACAUCUGGGCAUGCUAUGCUAGCUAUCUAGUUUUCAAGUCAUGUUAUAUGCUCCUCAUAACAAUAUCAACGUUUCAGAUCGCUGUCAAUCUAAGCAUGGAACGCUACGCUUUGAUGUUUGGAUUCAACAACUUUGUUGCACUGGUGAUUCAGACCAUUAUAACUGUAGUCGUAGUUGAUUCAAGAGGUCUAGGAUUGAAGAUAGUCACCCAGUUCCUAAUUUAUGGCAGUUACUUUGCGAUCAUAGCUGGGAUUUUCUUGAUCAGAAGCAUUUACACAAUUGUCUCAAUCCAAUGCAAAAAGGAAACACGGAACUUCUCCAACGGAUCUCAGAACAUUAAGGAACAAGAAUCAGAAACCAGAUUAUAACCAGCUAUGCAAACAUCUGUAGCUUUAAUGACUUAUCAAAAAUGCCCCUGCCUGCAAAACUCACUGAAGUCAAUGAGAGAUUGCAGUAAGGGGAGCAGCACUUAGUCCUUCAUGUACGCCCCUGCUAAAUCACAACAAAAUUACUCCAACCGAAAGAAUUGCCUGAUAUAAUUGAACACCAGAUCUUCAGCUGGUGUAAAUCGAUAUUGUGCCACUGAUCUGAACUGAUCUACACUAACUUAUAUCCUUCUGAGGAACUGGCCCAUCAUACUGACAUUUGGCCAAAAAAGGAAAGAAUCUGGUUUGACUGGAUUCUGAUUUAUUUACACAACAGCAUGACAAUCUCAAUCUAUAGUUAUGCCAAAAAUACCGCGGUUCUUUUCCCCUCUCUCACUCAGGCUUUUGAAAAAAUUGUAAAUAGGCUGCUUUCCGUUCAGCAAUUCAGCUUUGCUACUCCAAGUGGGAUGAGGGUUUUUCCUAUGCCUGUAGAAGAAUUACUGACUCUACACCCCUAUAACAUUCCUUCUUAGUUUUGUAUCUAUAAUGCUGUUUCCUUCCCUCCACCUUUAAGAUCACUCUUGAAAACUGGGCCUUUCACUCAUGAUGGUUGGAGAAGCCAGGUUCCCCAGAACAACUGUGGUGGUUAAAUUGUAAAAAGAGUCAAGUCGU